AUGGCCGAACGGACUAUGGAAGAUCCAACUUGUGUGAUUAAGAAGGUUGGAACGACCAUCAUAACGAAGGAGGCUAAGGAACAGCUAAGAUCAUGGCCUGUAAAGUGGUCAUCCGAUGUUGAUAUGGGAGAUAUACUUGAGUUUUUGGAGGCUGAGGAAGAACCAGAUUCGGCCUGUGCUGCAGAGGGUGUCGAGAACGUCGCAGCCGGCAGGAAGGCGGUGUAAGAAACUAAAAAUUUUGUCGAGCCGCUGCCGGUUACGAAGGGGUACUGUUGAGUGGUUGCUGCUCUGAUAGCUGAGGGAACGACGAUCGGCCGCCGACCCUGGCAGAGCGAGCUGUAACGUCGAGCAGUGCACAUCGUGCUCGGAUAAUCUGCCGCUCCAAAAUUACGUUAAAUCGUUGUGUUAUUAUUAUUGUUGUUAAUGCAAGUUGAUUGGUGGAAAAUUAUAUGUGAUUAAUCUGUACAUACCGCCUCAGGUAACCGUUACCGACUACGAAAUCUUGUUGGAAGCGAUACAUAGUCUAGAGUUUAUACAUACUGGCAGUAUUUUCAUUGUUGGGACUUUAAUAUAACAUCAUAUGCUGAUUAUCUUGAAAAUAGUAUCUCAAAUAGUUACAUAAACACUUAUGUUUUAGCAAGAAUUUUCAAUAUCAUUCGGUAUAAUUACAUACACAAUGAAAAUGGAAAUUUGCUAGAUUUAAUUUGGAGCAUUGCCAUUUGCUAUGUUGAACAUGCUGAUAAUGCGUUAGUGUGUGAGGAUCCCCAUCAUCCUGCAUUGAUUGUCACUGUGAGUCAUUUUCCUUCCACUAAACAUAAUAACGUGUUGCAUAGCGACUUCAAAGGUUCAUAUAAUUUUAGGAAAGCUGACUUUCAGCUGCUCUAUGAAAUGAUUGUGAAUAUUAGCUGGGGCGAUUUGAAAAAUUUUAGUGACGUGGAUUUAGCUUGUGAAUAUUUCUAUUUUGAGAUCUAUAGAAUUCUUGAUUGUUGUGUUCCUAAAGUUAGAAUAUCUUAUAAUAAUAGGUAUCCUCCUUGGUACAACAGCCAUAUCAUUAGAACCCUCAAAGAAAAAAUGGUGGCAUUCAAGACUUUCAGACGCCCUGGUGAUACUUAUUAUAUAGAAAAAUUUGAAAGACUUCGCUCAGAGAUAAAGCAGCAUGUAGCUGUUUCAUAUCGUCGCUACAUUCACUCUUUAAAGAGUGAAAUAUCCAACAGCUCCGGCCAAUUCUGGUGUUUUGUUAAUAGAAAAAGAAACUGCACUGGUAUUCCGAAGGAUAUGCUGUUCAAUUGAAUACACCUAAUGAUGUAGUUGGCGCAUUUGCGGAACACUUUAGUGGGAGCUAUAAUACUCCAACAACUCAAUCUGAUUCUUCUACUGACUAACAUUUCACUACUACACUAGCUAUGCCUAGCGUGCAGGAAAUCGAUGUGCUACAGGCGCUCAAGAAAAUUAAGCCAAAAAUGACUGCAGGGCCUGAUCAAAUACCUGCAUUUUUUGUGAGAGAUUGUGCGUCCAUUUUAGCAUAUCCACUCAUGAUCAUUUUCAAUCUCUCUCUGAAAAAUAAUCACUUUCCAUCUAUUUGGAAGUUGUCUAGGGUAACUGCUGUUUUUAAAAAAGGUGAGAGGAAUAAAGUAGAAAACUAUCGGGCUAUCACAAUUAUCAGUAAUUUCGCUAAAACAUUCGAAAUAGUGAUACAAACUGUGCUAUAUUUCCAUGUAAGCAGGUCUAUCUCCAUCAGUCAACACGGUUUCAUGAAGGGCAGGUCCACAGUUACUAAUUUUCUACAUCUUACUCAAUAUGUUUGUGAAUCAAUCGAUAGACAACCAAACGGAUGUAAUAUAUACUGAUUUCUCUAAAGCGUUUGAUAGUUUAGAUCAUAACAUCCUACUCAAUAAGUUAUCCAGAUUUGGUCUUUCAGAUGCAUUGUUGCUAUUUUUCAGAUCUUAGUUAUUUCAUAGGAAACAGUAUGUUAUGUGCAAUGGACAUAAGUCAAGCGAAUACCCUGUAAUUAACGGUGUUCCUCAAGGAUCUAAUUUGAGACCUCUGUUAUUUAUUGUGUUCUUAAAUUAUAUUUCUGAAGUUAUCGGUGUCGAUUUUCUUAUAUAUGCUGACGAUAUGACACUUUUCUGUAGAGUCAGUUCUAUUUUGAGGUUUUUUUACAACGUUUUAGCUUUCUCUACAUACAUCCACUACAUGCAUUUGUUUAUAUUUUCAUGUAUAUCCAUCCUGUAAUUGGCUAUGGCUGUUGGAUGUAGCUAAAUAAAUAAAUAGGUAAAUAAAUUAGUGUUUGACUAUCCCUGUUUCUAACAAUAUAUAAAGUGUAACUAUAGUGGCGAAGUUUACCAAUAUGCUACUCUAACACUUAACCACUAAAGUUAAAUAUUACGUUGUUAACAGUUAACACAAACAAAACGCAAAAUAUAAGUUAUGUCCAUGCUCACCCUGUACAUUAUAUAAAAUUAUAAUUUACUUAGUAGGCACUUGAUUUCUCACGAGCAAUGACGCGGCGCUCAAGAAUGUUAUCUCGCGCCUUGCUAGUUCUCAUGUUAACAUCGUUUUCUUUAUCAUAUCAUAUUUCUUGUAUACCAUGCUAGAUUCAUAUGUUAGGAAAUCUCGUCUCUUUUGGUUUGACCGUCUUGUUUUACGUACCUAUGUGACAAGGUUUCUCUAGAAGUCACUCUGUACCGAUUUUGG